CACAAUUUGACAGCUUGAGCCCACCCAACACUCCAAGGAUGACAGCCACAGAAGAAAAGCAUACCACGGGCUCCUUGAACAAGGUCGAAACGCAGAAUGUUGGCACGGUGCAAGAUGAGACACUCCACAGCCUGGGGUACACACCACAAUUACGCCGGACCCGCAGCCUGUCGACCAUCCUCUUUAUGUCGCUGUCGAUUGCUUCCAUCCCAUACGGCAUCGGCAGCUCAUUGAUGAGCACAAUUUACGGCGGCGGGCAGCUGUCCCUGUUCGUGGGCCUGAUCGUCGUCCUUGUCCUGGAUGCCUGUAUUGCGCUGUCUUUGGCCGAGUUGGCUUCGCGAUACCCGACCUCCUCCGGCGUCUACUACUAUUCCUACCAGCUGGCGCAGUCUAGUCGCGCUCGAACUCUCCUCUCUUUUAUAACCGGCUGGAUUUGGCUGAUUGGUAAUUGGACCAUCACCUUGUCUGUCAACUUCGGGCUCGCAUCCAUGAUUGCCGCGACUAUCGCCAUCUUCUGGCCCGAUUGGCAAGCCGCGGACUGGCAGCUUCUGCUGAUCUUCUACGCCCUGUGCCUGUUGACGUUCACCAUCUGCGCGGUUGGUGACAAGAUGCUGCCGCUUAUCGACACCGUCGCUGCCGCCGCCAGCUUGGUCACUUGUGUCGUCGUGCUCCUCACGCUGUCCAUCACCGCUAAGUCGGGGCGCCACACAGCCGCCGAUGCCUUGGGUUCAUUCGAUCCCAGUCUCUCAGGGUGGGGCAACUUCGCUUUUUUCGUCGGCUUGCUGCCCCCCGCGUAUACCUUCUCCGCCAUCGGUAUGGUCACGUCCAUGGCGGAGGAAUGCACCGAUCCGGAAAUCCAAAUGGCUCAGGGUAUCAGCUUGGUGACGGUUGUUGGCGGCGUGGCAGCUCUCAUCUUUGUGUUGCCCAUCUGCUUUACCCUUCCCCCAUUGUUGGAUAUAACCAACGCGCCCUACGGACAGGCACUGCCGUAUAUCUUUCUCAAAGUGACCGACUCCCAAGCGGGUGCCCUCGUCCUCAUGAUCAUGGUGCUGUUUGUCUCGAUCUUUUGCUCGAUCAGCAUUACUACCACUGCAUCCCGGUGCACGUGGGCUUUCUCCCGAGACAACGCCAUACCCUUCUCGAAGAUCUGGUCUAAGACGAUCAAUGACAGCCCGAUCCCUGCACUGUGCCUCGUCACGGCGAUCGAAAUGCUGCUGGGUCUAAUCAACCUCGGCAGUAGCAGUGCGUUCACGGCCUUUGCCUCGGUCGGCGUGAUUGGACUGGCAGUGGCGUACUGCAUCCCGAUCGCGAUCAGCCUGCUCAACGGGCGGGAGGAGGUCAUGAAGGCCCGGUGGAAUAUCGGCUGGCUGCUGGGCAUGGUUCUAAACACGAUCGCGGUGUUUUGGAUUCUAUUCCAACUUGUGCUGUUUAGUAUGCCGACUGUGUUGCCCGUGACGCAGGUGUCGAUGAAUUAUGCCUCAGUGGUUUUUGUUGGGUGUCUGUCGCUGUGUUUGAUUUGGUAUGCCGUGUAUGGGAAGACGAAGUUCAAGGGACCCCCGGAGAUUACACGAUUCUAA